UCGCUAUCGCCAUGGGACCCGGGCGGGCGCUGGGGCUGCUGCUGGUGCUGCAGGUGAGUUCUGGGUGGGACUCUCGCCGGGCCACUGACUGCGGACACGGGCACGUCCUGCGCGAGUGCCGACUGUCAGCUGUCCGCAGCUAGAAACCAAAUUCCGCUUUUGGUGGGGGAAAAAGGCUCUUUGCAGCUCUAGUGUGACGGAGCCCCGUGGGUUUUUCUGCCCUUUUCUUCUUUAAGAGACUUUAGUAACUUCCCCGAACUUUUUGUUCAUGUUUGAUGUCCUGGCAAAUCUGUGGUGUCAUCUAUGAGCCCAGCGCCCUCAGGAAAGCCGGCAUGUAAUGACUGCGCACCCCGCCCACGCCUGCCACCUUCCGUCCCUUCGCGGGGAAAAUGAAGUUACAAGUCAGGAGGGGGACCUUUAAUACUCCUUGUGUUGUUUAACUGGGAAACUGGAAGUUUUCCCACCUCCCCACAGCUACGGGGAAACUUUUCAGUGUACAGGUGGGAGAGUUUAGAGAGCAGAAGUUUUAGUUAGAAGUUGCCGGCUGCUGUCAAUUAGUGCCGGGGCGCUCGGCGGCCGCCCCUUCCCCUCCUGCUUUACUUCUAGAAGUUUUUCUUGUGUGAGCGUUAUGAAAGAUGUGACUCAGGUGUCCCUGAGCGCAGGGAAUGAACCUACGCUCGCAUUCCUGGAGCACCUGGCCGUGCCGUGACGAGGCGCUUUGCGGGAGCGCUGCCGACGAGUGCGCGCCUCGCACGUUUAUUCCUCUUUUAAAAAAACCAAAAAAACCGCUGUGAAUAACUCGGCUUGCCUUCUGCCUAUGGUUAGAGCCAGUGAGGCAUGUUGGAUGCGUCUGUGGGGCGGUUCCUCAAUUUUGCCGGAGCGAGACUAGCACUGAUCCUGAUGAAUGAAAAAAAUGGGGGAAGGCAGAAGUGAAUGCCUAGCACAUGGCAGAAACUUUGCCGCCUGCAGUUCAACUGCGGUGAUCUAGUGGAAAGAAAAGUUUAUACGGCGGCAGAAAAUGUGUGGCAAUAGCUACCUUAAUUCCAUCAGGUGCUGCCUUAACCCCACCUUUGUACUGGCAAUUACUGCUUUGAGCAGCACUUAGCAGAAAUUAGCUUGGGUUUGCUCUGUGGUUUGCCAUGAACUCCUGAAUGUGUUUCCAAGUCUUUACAAGUUAAUCUGCUCAGGAUAGUAAUCGUGUCCUGGGAGGAUGAAUCACUCAAAAUGCCUGUUUGCCUGCUCUGUAGGUUGUGCUGCUGACCAUGGCUGGAGCCCAAGCAGACUGUGGGGUGAAUGAGUAUCCCCACCAAGGACUCUGCUGUGUAUUGUGUGAAGCAGGUACUUUUGUUGCUGAACACUGCCGUGCUUCAAAUGUGAGUGGUAAAUGUGACCCUUGCAAGGAAGGAAAAAGUUUUAGAGCCCAUGCAAAUGACUUCAAGGAAUGUUUGCCUUGCAGACAGUGCAAUGAAGAUCAGAUAACCCUGAGACCCUGUAAUCGAACACAGGAUGCUGAAUGCCAGUGCAAACGAGGGUACUCCUGUGCUGAUGAGGACUGUCAAAAAUGUCAGAGAAACAGUCCAAUGCAUCCGGACGGGAAAGAAAUCUCACAGAAUUCCACAGAUGCUACAGACACAGGUGUGCCCAGUCAAGGGAUGAUCGCUGUUUGGGGUUGUUGGAGGUUGGUUUUUCCUGUCCUCUUGGCCUGUGGAUUUUUUUUCCCGUUGACAUGCUAAGAAUGGCAAGGCCCUUGAGACAGGGGAGGAGGAACCUCCCUGGUUUCUUGGCAGUUUCUCUCAGAGCUGGGAGGGGACACUGUGAGAUUGGAAGCAGGUAAAAGCAGAGUGGGGGGCAGAUGCUCAAUCUUGGUGUCAGAGGAGGACGGUCGCUGCUAACGCUGCCCUCCACCACCGGGAGCUGCCCCUCUGCUGUUGGACCCCACACCCGGGCAUGCUGGGAUGCCCUCCAGAUUUCAGCUUGUUGUUUCUGAGCAUCCCACCUCUCCUCCAUCCCUUUCCAUCUGGGACACAGCUGCCAUCACCUCAGUGCUGCUGCAGCACGUGGGGACCAUUGUACCUGUCCAUCAGGAGCCUGCCAGCACUCACUGCCAGCUGUGAUGGGAACUGCACCAAGGGGGAAGUGCCUGAGGCUGAGAGGACUGCAACUGGAUUAAUGUUCUGUUUCUUCAUUCCAUAGUUGUUAUAUUUAUUAAUAUAUAUCUAAAUAACAGAGGGCCCCCUGUUAUUUAUUCGCCUUAUAUACUGUAUAUACAGUAAAUAACUGUUAUUCCUAACCCCACAUCUUUGACUGCACACCCACUUAAUUUCAAAAUCAAACAGGUUCAGAGGGAGAGGAUUUAUUUUAUCCACGACAGCAUUAAAAGAUCCUGAUAAGA